AUGAGUGGAGCAGAUGAAGACAUGGACCACCACGACAGAGAGAGCUUUGGAGAGGAGGAGUCAGUAGAAGGAGUGACAGAGGGCAUUGGAGAGGAGGAGACGGUGGAAGGUGAGAUGGAGAGCAUUGGAGAGGAGGAGUCGGUGGAAGGAGUGACAGAGGGCAUUGGAGAGGAGGAGACGGUGGAAGGAGUGACAGAGGGCAUUGGAGAGGAGGAGACGGUGGAAGGUGAGAUGGAGGGCAUUGGAGAGGAGGAGACGGUGGAAGGUGAGAUGGAGGGCAUUGGAGAGGAGGAGACGGUGGAAGGAGUGACAGAGGGCAUAGGAGAGGAGGAGACGAUGGAAGGUGAGAUGGAGAGCAUUGUAGAGGAGGAGUCGGUGGAAGGAGAGAUGGACAGCACUAGAGAGGAGGAGACGGUGGAUGGAGAGAUGGAGAGCACUGGAGAGGAGGAGACGGUGGAUGGAGAGAUGGAGAGCACUGGAGAGGAGGAGACGGUGGAUGGAGAGAUGGAGAGCACUGGAGAGGAGGAGACGGUGGAUGGAGAGAUGGAGAGCACUGGAGAGGAGGAGACGGUGGAUGGAGAGAUGGAGAGCACUGGAGAGGAGGAGACGGUGGAAGGAGAGAUGGAGAGCACUGGAGAGGAGGAGACGGUGGAAGGAGAGAUGGAGAGCACUGGAGAGGAGGAGACGGUGGAAGGAGAGAUGGAGAGCACUGGAGAGGAGGAGACGGUGGAUGGAGAGAUGGAGAGCACUGGAGAGGAGGAGACGGUGGAUGGAGAGAUGGAGAGCACUGGAGAGGAGGAGACGGUGGAUGGAGAGAUGGAGAGCACUGGAGAGGAGGAGACGGUGGAUGGAGAGAUGGAGAGCACUGGAGAGGAGGAGACGGUGGAAGGAGAGAUGGAGAGCACUGGAGAGGAGGAGACGGUGGAAGGAGAGAUGGAGAGCACUGGAGAGGAGGAGACGGUGGAGGAAGAUGAGACCCUGAGAUACCCGUGCCCAAAGAAGGAACCAAAGUCCCCGUUUCCCCAAAAAGAAUCAAAGUCCCCGUUGCUUCAAAAGGAGCCGAAGUCCCCGUUGCCCCAAAAAGAACCGAAGUCCCAGUUGCCUCAGAAGGAGCCGAAGUCCCUGUUGCCCCAAAAAGAAUCAAAGUCCCCAUUGCUUCAAAAGGAGCCGAAGUCCCUGUUGCCCCAGAAGGAUCGCAAGUUCUCCCCAAGAAAUCAAAGGUAA